CAACGGAUCGAUUCUCGGCGUUAGUAGGUCGUUCAGUGGGCUUUAUUAAAACUUAUCAGUAUUCAGUACUUGUUUAACGCUAACCUCAAAUGCCGACCGUCGUAAUAAGUUUCUAAUGUUUACGGUUUAAAUUCAUUGAAUUCGCAGUUAUUCGCCGGUUGUUACAAAAAAAUAUCGUUUGUUCGGUAGAAUUACAUCAUACCUCUAUUGCCAGUAGGCAAUCGUAGGAGAAUACCGUUCACUUCCCGGAUACUGACGAGUUUAAUAAUUUACAAAAGUAUUAAAAUAUAAUACUUAUUCAUGAUUGCAGCUCUUCAAACACACAAUGGAUCUAUCUGAUGAAGAUGAAAACCCCUAUGAUUUUGUUGCGCAAUUUAAAAAACUUCAAAAGGAAAGAAAAAAUAAAGUUACCCCUGCAGAUAAUGAACAUCAACCAAUCGUCAAUAGUGCUUCAAAUUUACAGACUACAACUUCUGUCAAUGUAACGCAAAGUUCUUCUACACAGUCUGAAGCAUUAACUUAUUCAGAUGUAAAUACUACUGUCAAUUCAAUAGCAAGUACUUCUACCCGAACUAAUGGUCGUGGUCGUAACAAGCCAAGAGGAAGAAAUCGUGCAACUGAAGAAUCUGCUAAUGUGAUUGGACCAGUAAUAUGUAUAGGGGAUUUUUAUGAUGGUUACAAUAUACAAUUUCCAAAAGUAUGGAAGGAAAAAACAUCUAGCAAUGUAGCUUUGGAGGAUGUUGAUGAUAUCAUGAAUAAUUGGAAAAAAAGACAAAUUGAAGAAGCUGAAGAAGAAGAUGCCUUAGCUUUAGCAAAUCGUGUUAUGAAUAUUAAAGUCUAUUGGCGACAAAUGCGUACAUAUCGUUUUCCUCUUAGAAUGUUCCAGCCAAUUUCAAGUAUUUACGAACAUUUUGCAAAACUAGAAGAUAUAGAUCCUUCACAUGUCCGUUUAGAUCUACACAAAAAAACUCUUUCACCGACAGAUACACCAAAUUCAAUCAACUAUAAGAUAGUCGAUUUCAUUGAUGGUGAUAUAGAAUUUUAUAGAAGCCCUUACGAUACACCCGAUGUUCCAGAAGUUAAAGAACAAAAAAAUGAUGCAGUCAAAUUUUGUAUUAAGCAAGCAAAUGUUAAAAAACCAAUCUUUAUGGAGAUUAAAAAAACUGACAAAAUGCUGAUAUUGUAUAUCAAACUAUCAGAAAUGUUGGGAUUUGAUAUUGACUCGUUUACAUUGGAGUUUGAUGGUGAUAAAAUUAAAAAAUCUGAUACAAUGGAGAGCUUGGAUCUUGAAGGAGAUGAAUGUUUUGAACUCUUCCAGAAAAAACCUAAGAAAUAGAUUAAGUAACAAAUAAAAAUAAUAUGUUUUAAUUAUAAAUAAUGUAUUUAUUCAAUCAAAUAUUUUUUUAUAAUUUUAUAAUAUAAUCGUCAAUAAUUACUAUUAUUACUAAUUUUGCUUAAUUUUUUUAUGUAGCUUAUUUAAUAAUAGAAACGUGUCCUUUAGGUAUUAAUGUAACCGUCCAAUAUUAUUGUUUCAUAAUUUAUGCAUAAACAUUUAUAUGAGACCAAUGGUUUGUGUAUGUGAAUUUUAUUUUUGUACUUUCGAUGUUUAUUUUGUCAUAUUUGUAAUUAGUGAUGGGCAUAAUUGAGUGAAAAUAAUCAAGUUACUAGAUUGUUGAUAAUAAUCGAGAUAUCUCGAUUAUUAAAAUUAUAAUCAACUAUG